UAAUUUUUAACUCAUUCUAAGCCUGAGAAAAUGAGAGCUGGAGACUUUUUGCUUUUCUUCUUGGCCUUCCUUUGUGCUUUGCAGCACAUUCAUUCAAAAUCUUUUACCAUCGACUACGAAAACGAUUGCUUCCUGAAGGAUGGCGAGCCAUUUCGUUACAUUUCUGGAAGCUUUCAUUACGUUCGUGUUCCACGUUUCUACUGGAAAGAUCGACUCAUGAAGAUGAAAGCAGGCGGUUUGAAUACUGUUCAGACUUACGUUACUUGGAAUAUUCACGAACCAGUUCAGGGGCAGUACAAUUUUGAAGGAAAUGCUGACCUGGUGAGUUUUAUUGAGCUUGCAAACAGUCUCGGACUCCUUGUAAUCGUAAGAGCUGGUCCAUACAUCUGCGCAGAAUUGGAUUUUGGAGGAUUUCCAGCUUGGCUGUUGAAGGACCCAAAUAUUCGCGUACGGUCGACUAAGGACAAGCGUUUUCUCGAUGCUGUAGACUCGUGGAUGUCCGUUGUGCUUCCAAAACUGCAGCCACUGUUGUACGUGAAUGGAGGGCCUAUUAUAUCAGUCCAAGUUGAGAAUGAAUACGGCAGUUUCUUCGUUUGUGACCACGACUACAUGAGGCACUUAGAGCUACUGUUUCGCAAACACUUAGGCGACGAUGUGAUUCUCUUCACAGUUGAUAGUGCUUUUCAUUUCCUCUUCAACUGUGGCACCAUACCCUCUCUAUAUCCAACCAUUGAUUUUGGACCGGAAAAGGACCCUGAAAGCGCUUUUGCACUCCAGCGCAAAUUUGCUCCUAAGGGACCACUGGUGAAUACAGAGUUUUACACCGGUUGGAUUGACUACUGGGGGGAAAAGCACCAAGUUAAGGACGCUGCGUUUGUCGCAAAAUCUCUUGACAAGAUCCUGUCUAUGAACGCUUCUGUCAACUUUUACAUGUAUGAGGGAGGUACUAAUUUCGGUUUUAUGAGUGGUGCAAACAUGAAUUUGCUUUCGUACAAACCUAUCCCAACCAGUUACGAUUAUGAUGCACCUUUGACAGAAGCUGGUGAUACCGGCACAAAAUUCCACGUCCUACGGGAGAUAAUAUCUAAAUAUGAGAAAAUCCCAAUCGUUCCCAUCCCAGCUAACACGACAAAGUUUGCUUAUGGCAAGGUGCAAAUGACCAGAAUGUUUUCAUUCCUGGAUGUCGUACACGAGCUUUCUGCUCCCAAUGGACCCGUAAAUACCACUUUUCCUUUGACCAUGGAGCAGAUAGGACAGAACUACGGAUUUGUUCUUUACAGAACAAUGAUCCCCAAAAUUUUCUCGCGAUCAACUGUUCGCUUAACCAUUUCAAGCUUGGUCCGCGACAGGGCAAUUAUCUACGUGGGAAAAGUACGCCAAGUAACCAUGUUUCGAAGCUUCAGUCAGGCUCAUGUGAAACUUGUCGUUGGAAGCCAGCUCCAAUUAGACAUCCUGGUCGAGAAUGAAGGCAGAAUCAAUGCAGGUCCCACGAUGGUCGAUCCUAAAGGAAUUUUUGGAAAUGUCACAAUCAAUAAAACUUUGAUAAAAAACUGGCAGAUGUAUCCCAUAAAUCUGGACAAUGUUGUUUCAAAGGAACUUUCUCAACUACCUCGAGAGGGGCACAAAAACAUUUAUCAUGCAUCAUCAAGUGACAUCUUCGCACCUGCUUUCUUCCAUGGCGAAAUUCCACUCAAUUCCCUCGCAAACGAUGUACACGAUACAUUUCUCAAAGUACCAGGGUGGUCUAAAGGACAAGCCUUUGUCAAUGGCUUCAACUUAGGUCGGUACUGGCCUGUCGUUGGUCCACAGCAGACGCUGUUUGUGCCGGCAAACGUGCUCUCGAUGAAUAGGCAGACUAUAAGUGUGGUGUUACUUGAAUUGGAUGGCGACCCAUGCUACACCCCUCACCACAAUACCACGACAUGUUUUGUUGAAUUUGUGGCAACACCUUCCAUUAAUGGGCCUGUGCAUCCCAUUGGUUAAGGAACAGGACUAUGGAUGAGUAUUUAAAACAUUAAACUUUUUCGCUUUGAUAAAAGUGUAUCGUCACUGGGACAAGAAAAAUAGAGGUGUUCUUAUAUCAGGGAUAAUGAAGAUAUAUGUAUAGGUAAUCACAUGAUUUCGAGUGCAAUUUGAAAUAAAUAAGCACGAGUAAAUUUCAUCAAAGACUAAAAAAACUGCACGAGCCCGUAGGGUGAGUGCAAUUUGUAGUCUUUAAAAAAAUUUAAGAGUGCUUAUUUAUUCCAAAUUGCACGAGAAAAAUCAUGUGAUUACGUUUUAACAAUAUAGAUGGGAUAGCUUAUCACAAUUAUGCAGAAGCAAAGCGCGCGCAUCAAGUGCAAAAAUAAUUUAUUUAAACUUGUGCGUUCGGUCAAAACAACUGCGUACGAUCAAAACAAUAAUACAAUGAUAUAUUCACAUCUUUAAGGUGCAAAAAAGUUCAAAGUCCGGCUAAACAGUUCAAAGAAUUGUUCAGUCUGGUUUUUUACUUCUUUGCACUGAAGUAGCCCUCUUCUACACUGAAUUACUUUAAAAACUGCAUUUAUAUUAACCAAUCAGAAGUUAGUCUAUCAGUCAACCCGUCGACCAGGGUAAUUAAACAUUAUCAACUGAGUUGUUAUCGUAAAUCGGUCCACGUAAAAAGUUUCAAAGUUGAUGCGUUAACCCUUUGUCAGAGCGUCAGCCCUUCGUCAUUCGCUUUGACGAAGGCCAAUCAGUUGA